CAUCGAAGGUUUUUCAGUAAAUAGUAGACUUGUAUGGUCGUUCGAUUCUCACAAAUGUGUCAAAUUCUUAUACUUUCAAGGGAGAUCCUUUACUACUCUGUUAAAGCAAUUCAUCGUUAACUACGCUAAUUAUACGAAAAAUGAAAAUGUGUAACGAGUAAACAGUGAGAUAUGUUCAUGAGGGAAAUCCUUAAAGAGAAAUAUCGAAUAACCUACAUCUCUUGACAUCUACUUAGCGUAGAUCACCGCAUCGUAACGCUUUGUGAAUAAUUCCCAUUUGUCUGAGGAAGAAACUUCUCAAUAUUGUAUCGCGUAUCGUAAUAUUCGCUAUGGUGCGACAAGAAAUAACUUUGACGAAGCCAGCUCGAAAAAAACGGAACAUUGACGUCUCAAUGUCCGAAUGAUUUUCAAAAAUUCCAUAGAACGAUAGUCUUUAGCGAGUUCACAAAUCUGUUUGCUUACCAUAGAUAUAUCGAUGUUCUUGAAGAAUCAUUCUUGAAGUAUUAUAGUUAUUCAUGAAAUGGGUAGUGCUUGGUGGCAGUGCACUGCAUGUUUGAGAGCACAAGAAGAAGAUAUCUGCGAGUUACAGUUAAAUCACUGUAAUCUUUAUGAUGUACCACCUGAUGUGUUCAUUUAUGAAAGGACAUUGGAAAAGCUGUAUCUUGAUGCCAACAGAAUAAAGGAUCUUCCAAGGCCACUGUUUCAGUGCCAUGAAUUGCGAGUACUUUCUCUUAGUGAUAAUGAAGUCACCACGUUACCACCCGCCAUAGCAUCAUUAAUUAAUUUAGAAUAUUUAGACCUCAGUAAAAAUAGUAUUAAAGAAUUGCCAGAUAGUAUAAAAGAAUGUAAAAACCUUCGUUCUAUAGAUAUCAGUGUUAAUCCUUUUGAACGUUUCCCAGAUGCUAUUACUCAUAUUGUUGGAUUACGAGAAUUAUAUAUAAACGAUGCAUAUAUAGAAUAUCUACCAGCAAAUUUUGGAAGACUUUCAGCUUUGAGAACGUUAGAACUUAGAGAGAAUAACAUGAUGACAUUGCCAAAGAGUAUGAGCCGUUUAGUAAAUUUACAAAGACUUGAUAUUGGUAAUAAUGAUUUCACUGAAUUGCCUGAAGUUGUGGGGGAUCUCAUCAACCUCACAGAAUUGUGGAUAGAUGGUAAUGAUAUUAGACGUAUACCGGUUAACAUUAACCAACUUUAUCGUUUAAAUCAUUUUGAUUGUACAAUGAAUGCAAUCCAUGUUAUUCCAUCAGAGGUAGAAGGGUGGAGAGAUAUUUCGAUUAUGCAUCUUUCAUCGAAUGAAAUUUAUCAGUUACCAGACUCUCUUUGCUAUCUACGUACAAUUGUGACUCUUAAAGUUGAUGACAAUCAAUUGAAUGCACUGCCAAAUGACAUUGGACAGAUGUCAAGCUUAGAGGAGCUUAUAGUUACUAAGAACUUCCUUGAAUAUUUACCAUCGUCGAUAGGACUUUUGAGAAAACUACAUUGUUUAAAUGCAGACAAUAACUACUUGAGAUGCCUUCCACCAGAAAUUGGAAGUUGUACUGCAUUAUCGUUGCUUUCAUUAAGAUCAAAUAAUCUAACCCGAGUACCGCCUGAACUAGGUCAUUUAUCUUCGUUAAGAGUACUCAAUCUUGUGAACAAUUGCAUCAAAUUUUUGCCCGUUUCGAUGUUAAAUCUGAGUAAUUUAAAAGCAUUAUGGCUGAGCGACAAUCAAAGUCAACCGUUAGUGCCGCUACAACAGGAAUUCAAUUGCGAAGAGGAUAUGAUGGUGUUGAGUUGUUUUAUGCUCCCACAGAAACCACGGCAAGAACUUGAACAAGUAACACCGGCUGUAGGACUAAUUUCGAGUUCAAUCGUUGGCACUGGAAAAAGAAUAUGUUUUGCUGCUGAAGUAGAAUCUGAGAUCCCUAGGCAACUUCAUCGAGCACCGACUCCCUAUCCUAAAGAGCUGCGCAACCUUGCUAGGCAUGCCCGCAAUUUGCAUCAUCAGUCCGCGCAUGAUCAAAGAAUGCAUUUAGAACAGGAGACUAUGAUCAAAGAAGCUAUUAUUGCUACAACUACUCUGGACCUUACCUCAAAAACCGGGACCUGUUUUUCGCAAAGUUUGUUUAAUAAGGGUUCGCAUGUUUUACUUUCACCUACUGAACGUCAUAUGUCAAAAGGAUACAAGAACAACAGCCCUACUGAUGUUGGAACAGAACAGUCCGUUUCAGAAGAAUCUUCUGACGAAGCGAAUAAGACAGUACUUGCGAAAGAGAAAAGCCCGGAUAUUCGAGAAGCAAAAUAUAUUCGUAAUCCUACCUCCGAGUAUCUUUCCAAGCCUCCAACAGUAGCAGACUACGUGAAUUCUACUUGGAAACCGGAUGAAUAUUCGAAAGCGAAUACAGCAAAGAUCGUGGAAUCAGAAAAAUUUAUAGAUCCGUAUAAAAGUAUACCUAUUGCCGUGGGUACUAAGAACACAGAACAGAUGCACAUUCAAACGCCAAAACUGAACGAAAUUCCACCUGUUCCGCCACCGUAUCAUAUCGCUGCUGCAUUUUCAAAGAAAGCGGCUCUUUUUCAACAGUUAAAUCAGUCUCAGUCAGACUCGUCCACGAUCACUCCUCCACAAGCUGAAGUUAACGUAACAAAUUCAAGAACACCUCAGGAAAUGCAAACACAAAAUUAUGAUGGAGUAGAAUCAUUUAAAGUCGCGGAACACGUACCUUUAUAUAGUGAUCAACUUUCAUUGAAUAAUACAGAUGCAACAAAUAUUUCUGUAACUGAUGGGAAAACUUCCAAUACUGAAGACCAAACAGAAUCUAAUGAACCGGAACAAUCUUUUGAAGGGGACCGAUUAUUGAAACCAAGUAGAAUACCUAUUUUAAAAACAAAGCAUCUAGAAUCUACGAAUUCUCUUUCGAAUAAUGAUCUAUCAAAUAAGUGUAUAAACUCUUCCGUUGAAGAUUAUGAAUCCACGAAAGUACUGGACCCGUCGUGCAUACCUACAUCACCGGUAACCGGGAAGAAAUAUCGAAGUCCGCUCACUAUACAAGCAAAGCUUUCAGAUCGGUCAAAGAAAACGGUAAACGGAAAUGUCUCCAAUAAUAAUACUUUAUGCGAUAACGUGGUAUCAGUAAAUUCAACAAAUUCGAAUGUAGAUGAUCAAGAUACAAAUUUACAAACUGUAUCUCAUGAAACGUCUCUAAAUAUGAACAGUCCUGUACUCGUAAGAAAUGAAACUAACUCUGGUCGAAGUACGCCAAUUUCAAUUAACAAUAAAUCUCAGAAUGAGGUGACCAAUUCUAAUAUUGAUAAGUACAAGGUUACCGGGACAAAUGAAUUAUUAAACUCUGAAAAAAAGCCAAGAUUUAAGUGGAUGUUUGGACCGCAUAAAAAUGCUAAUGUGUUACCUGUUCAGGUGAAAAAAAAUCCAGGUCUUGGUUUCAGUAUAGCCGGUGGUGUGGCAGGUGCAGAAACUGGAAUUAUAGUAACUAAAGUCAAUCCAGAUGGUCCAGCACAAGGUACACUUCGACCAGGGGACAAAAUCUUGGAAGUGGAUGGCAUAGAUUUCACAAAAUCCGAUCACAAUAAUGCUGUGGCUGUUCUUCGAGCUACCGGUGCAGUGGUAUCCAUGAUGAUCAGUCGUCAUCAAUAACGUUAACUCGAUGGAAAUUUCUUAUUUUCCAAUUUCGUCAAUUAGUUUACGCACAUUAGACUGAGUACGUCUCAUGUAAGUUUCUUUUUUUAUGGAUAAAAUUUGUUGAUCGAGAUCGACAAACUUAUAUCCAACGUACAUGCAAGAACAUAGUUGACUUUGCUUUGAACGCUUUUCACGAUAGUGAAUCGUACUCUUUGCGACUGAUCUGUACGACUGAAACAGCGUUACCAAAGGUGAAAGUGGGGGGCACAUAUUCGAAGAAAACAUUUCUGGCUUCCAGUGGUCGUAUGACUAUAUAAUAACGUUUUGAAGGAACAAUAACAAGAAGCAAGAAUUGAUCCUUAGGUUAUAUCAUAGAUUAAGAACCUGUUUUCUUGCACAAUUGAUGAAAAAAAGAAAAUUGAAAUGUGAUGUACAAGAAAAUUAUUUUUAAGACAAAUUUCACCAUGGGCCAAUCCACAGCUCACUCGUAUUAUAUAUUGCCCACGUAAAUAGCAUAAGGUAGUAACUAUUUAGUGAACAAUUUAAGAUAAGUUUCUUCCUGACUUUCAAACUCCAUAAAAGUGUUGUUUUAUGGUGUUGGUUGUAUUUAUGUCAACUCACUUGUUCUCUUUGCAGAGAGCUGACAAUGUGCCAGAACAAAAUACUAUUUAUUAAUCGUAUACAUUAAAAAUGAUUAUGUAUAAAACAAAUAUAUAUAUAACGUAUAUAUAUAUAUAUAUAUAUACAAAAGUUAUCUCUGUCA